ACCAUAUAUAAUGGAGUUUAUGGGAUGUGAUUAUCUUAGAGUGAAGAAUCUUAACCUAAAGGACAGCCCUGGAAAGCAUUUAGUGGUGUACAAAAGCGAUUAUGUAACGCUGAGCGGUCUCAAAAUCACUUCUCCUGAGGACUCGCCAAAUACUGAUGGAAUUCUUAUCUCUGAUUCCCAGCAUGGCACCAUCUCAUACUCCACAAUUGGAGUAGGAGAUGACUGCAUCGCAAUCGGGCCACGUAGCUAUGAUAUUAAUGUGAGCCAUAUUACUUGCGGGCCUGGUCAUGGAAUAAGCAUUGGAAGCCUUGGAAAAAAUGGCGUUGAAGACAAUGUUGAGGGAAUUCAUAUCUCCAACAGCCACAUUUUUAACACCCUUACUGGUAUAAGGAUUAAGACAUGGCAGGGUGGGGCUGGUCAUGCCAAGUCUAUCUCCUAUGAGAACAUCAACUUCACUUCAGUUAAAGCAGGUGUCAUAGUCAUCGAUCAGUACUACUGCCCCGAACUAAACUGUCCAAAUAAGACGGGAAAUGUGGCGAUAAGCGAGGUAUCCUAUCUGGGUUUGCAAGGAAGCUCAGUCAGUGAUGUGGCAAUCAAACUGGCUUGCAGCUCGAGCAUGCCGUGCCGCGACAUCACCAUGAGUGAAGUGAGCUUUACUCCUCAACAAGCCAAUAUUCGUCUUCAAUCUUAUUGCAUCAAUACACAAGGAAGUGCAAGCGGGCAUGUCACUCCUCAAACUCCCUGCCUGCAACAUUAG